AAUCGCGAGUGGAAUUUACAUUCUCGAUGAAUCACGACCCAAGUCCGUCUACUGCAUCCAGUGAAAAGACUCAGUACUUUGACGCACCCAUCAUGCAUUUCGUUUCAGACACCAGCAACGACGACAACAUCAGCGAUAGUACUGCCGGAAACAUGCUUAAGAGAAACAGCGCUGCUAUUCCAGACAAGUCUGGCACAGUCUUGAACCAACCGCCAGAUGGAUCCAAUGGAAUCGUGAAUGGUGAUUUCAACGACGGUAGCAAACCAAACCGACUUUCCCGCUCAUACAAGCCACAAAAGCAGACUCAGCAAACACAACAACACCACAUGCAAGAACAGCCCCUGAAUGGAUCAACGAAUUUGAACGGCGAAGCAACCGCCGACCCUGAUGCCAAUGGAGAGACUUUUCCAAAAGAACCUCGAUAUGACCGUAAAGUGUCUCCGACUCUUUCACUUCGCUCCCUCCCCGAAUCUGGCGGUGGUUCGCCCACUAGGCAUGGUUCGGGAAAUAUGUACGGUGGAGGUGGAGGUCUCACGAAAAGGGGGUCAAUUCGCACAAGUCUCACGGGGAGAAGCAUUCGCACCAGUGGGACUGUUUCGGGGGCUACUGCAGCAUUCAUGAAUGGUGCUGCACUGACAGGCCCGAAUGCAGAGCCGGACCUUGAUGAGAGUUUACACUACAGAGCAGCUGACGCAGACCGAUCUUUAAGCGACAAGCAGAAAGAGAAAAUUGUCAAGGUUGAAAAGAAGGAGUCGAAGCGGUUCUCAAAAUUGCUUCAAACCGAGGCACGCACCGAGAAAGCCGCUCUUGAAUCUGCUCUCAGUACACUGUCUGCUCUUCAAGCUCUGCACAAGUCUGCCAUCAAACGGGAAAAUAAAGCCCAGUCAGCUUAUGCCAAAGCUUUAUCAGCAGCACAAAAAGCUGAGAGCAAAUAUCUGGAAGAGAAAGCGCAUGCUGCGGAGGAGCGGGCUCGGACCGAAGCUCGUUGCAUCGAGGAAAAGGCAAGAUGGGCAGGGCGAGAGGCGGAAGUGAAUGCUCAGAACGAACGAGUGGAGGGGGAGAGAAUGAAUGUGACGCAAAUGGAGGACAGAGUAGCGGAAUGUGCCAGAGAAGUGGAGAGAUUGAGGAUCACCAUUGGUACCGAUGAGCGUGAAAGACAAGUCAAGAUGAUGUCACUAACUGGGAGGAAAUGAUGCGCGAAUGUCAUUGUUCGAUGGUCAGAAGUCAUAAUAUACGCCGAAAAUGUAUUGCAUUCACGGAGGUCUCAAUAGUCAAUGAUGCAGUAUUAUGCAUCAUACCUGCUACUUCAUCUCCGUUCAAGUGGUGUACAUAUCACAUAUUCUGUAAGCAAGGAUUGAAUCGUACGUCUAGUGUGGCUAGCAGUUGUUGUACCUUGAAUUUGUGCUUUGAAUAAAAUUGAGUCCGAUGGAUCUACAUUAUUAAU